GAUAACAGCAAGAAUGAAGCGUUUCAUCUUUCUGUUGUACUCAAGUCUUCUCCUCAUUGGCAAGUUUGCGCCAUCGGACGCAUCUCCGACUGCAGCAGCCGCAGGAGAGCCAGGCCGCACGACAGGCAAGCAAGAAGGAACAUCAACAACGACUCAGAACACAAACCGCGGCCAAAAACGCGUCCGAGAUGACGAUGGGGCAGGUCCAAGCAAGGCACAAAAACAGACACAAACACCUUCAAGUACACCAACGGCAAAAGUCUACAAAUGCUAUGGCUUGAAGCUUCAGCUCCUCGGGAAGUUUUCGAGCAACAGCGAGGUUGGAUGUGCAUUGGCAUGCGAAGAAAAGGCAACUUUAUACCGAGAGUAUUUGUGGAACAUCAAUGCAAGAUAUUUACACAAACGCGGCUGUUUCCAGUCCAGCGUUUGUGUAAACACAACCCUCGUUUCCGCUGAGUUCUCCGCUGCGCUCUGGGCUGAGCGAGCCUGCACACUGUCACUGUGUCCGCCUAACGUAUUUCAAUGUGAAUGUGAAGCGACUCUCAUUGCCUUCCGAGUUCACCAUGUUGACCCACGAUACCUGUACCUGGUGAGGAGAUGGGUGACUAAUGGCCAACCGACACUCCAACAUUCGUGGUACAGCUGCCACUACAUCUUCAUUGCGAGGCUCUUGACACAGGCAGGCUGGGUCUUGCAACACGCGGCUUGGGAUCCUUUGGUCGAUUGCGAUCAAGAUUCCCCAGGAACAGCAGAGCGAGGAAGACUUUGUCAUUGCAAAAAACCAGGUCCCAAGAGCAAGUCGAGUCAGUCGACGCAAUGUACCGCUACUCUCCAGAGGGAGGUAGUCUUACAAGUGCCUCUUACACAAUCGAUCUUUACCAUUGAUCUCAACAAAGAGCCUGCUGAAGAUCCAGUUGCACCUCUCACUGCAGCUGGCUCAUCUCAACAGCCAAAUCUCAACCUGGAGUGCACACAGACAUUUUUAAGUUUCGGUCUCGAGCAGAAUGAGGUGUGCCUUGACCCCAAAGACCCCCAACCCGGAUAUUGCCCUCCUGGCCCCUAGCUCCUGCUCUGUUGUGUUAUAAAAACAGAGUCUUGGACCCUACACAUGGCAUUGCUCUCUAUAUGCUCUGGCUGCUCAAGACUCUAUUCUCUGCUCUUCUUCCUCUCGUCUCUCGUCUCUCAUCAACGCUUGUCACAUUAUCUCUACUUGUGCUCUUACCCUUCUCGCUCCCCAACAAUAUCAUCCUCUUAUCUCUUCUGGCGCUCUUGCCCGUUAACGCCCGCCUCGUUGUCUCCUACGUCUCUGCUUUGUGUCGCAGACCUGACAUCUCCAAGUCAGCUCCUGUACUCUCGUUCCCUCUUCACUGUCAGAUUUCUCGCUCGAGCCUGAAAA